AUGAACCGCUGGUUGAACAGGAAGAAGGAUGGCGCCGAGGACGCGGCCGCCGCCCCAAAGAAGACGAAGAAGGGCAAGAAGGGUCAGGAAGAGCCCAAACCAGAGUUCGAUCUCAACUUCGCGUUGCCUAAAGCAGAUGACUUCCGGACAAGUCUGAUCAUGCCUGGCCUGUCCACCCGCUUCAGCAUGUUGAGAGAGCAGGACGACCCAGACUCCAAGAUUGGUAAGGCCAGCGACGACAGUGUACUACAACCGAAACGCCAAUCGCGGCUCCACGAGUUCGGCUUCGUUCCAGGAGGUCUUUCCGAUAUAGCUGAAGUCUCCUCGCUCAAUGGCUCCAUCCGACCGCCCUUCGCAAGCGAACGGACCAAUUCCUUCGACAGCAGUAGAGAUGACGACGGCUCUGGUAGCGUUAUGAGCAGAGCUAGACCCGGCGAGGGCAACGUCUUGUUCGGUGGACGACAAAAGAUCUACAUGAUCUCUAAUACAAACGCGAAGGGCACCGGACGGACACUCUACGACGACGACGUUAAUAUGUCAGCAUACCAACGGCUCAGACAAGAGGAGAAGGACAGGCUGAGGCAGCAGUCGGAUUAUGAAGACGGCCAGAACUCUGAGCCGUCCAGCCCUACUGAGCUCAGCCGUAAGAGGGAGACUUCGUCAUCCACCAACUCAGGCACAUUGAACACCCGCACAUCUACAGCCGCGACUUCGAUAGCGUCACAGGGCACCAACUCUGUAUCAGCCUCCUCGCCGGCGUUUCCCCCAGCAGGUGCCCCGAUGACAUCCCCAGAUCUAGGCCGGUCCACAACGAAACGGAGACUUUACGACCAAGGGCUGGACCAGCAAAUCCAAGAGCAACAGUCCUCAGCUAUGAACCGUCUCAACUCCAUACAACGCGCACGUGCGCCAACCGGACGAUCAACGCCACCUAUUCCCAUAUCUCAGACACGUUCUGCCACCAACCUGAAUGACCGGUUCGCUCGGGGACCACCCGCCUUCCGCUCAGACAGCCCAAACGCGCUUGGAUACCCCGGCAUAAGCAGGAACAACUCCUCCGGCGCGUCGAGCCCCGUCCUCGCACGCCCGCAGUCGCCUGCACUGACAAGUCCCGUCAUCAGUGACAGUGAAGAAGCUCAUACCCUCAAUGCUGCACUUCAGCCCAACGAUCGGGGCAAAGCGACCGCCAUGGGUGCUUUCAACAAACCCAAGGCGGCGUUCAGCGAGGAGCAGUAUGCAGAGCGCUUGCGCCAUAUGCAGCAGGACCGAGAAGGGCGCUCAACACCACCUCAAAAGGCCGAGAGGUCCCCGCCUCGUAAGCCCACUUUGAGAGAGCGUGCAGAGCAGCAAAGGCGUAAGCGAGCUGAAAGUGACGCAAACGAACGGUCAAGCUCUGAAUCAACUGCUGAACCAGCUCAAGCACCCUCUGCCUUCUCCAGGUUUCAAGCUGCUGCCAGUCAGAUGAGAACCGCAGGCCCAGGUACCCCGACUUCGCCACCGACCCAGCGCCUCCCAGCCAUUCCACGCCAACCAGCAGCGUCUCCAGACAAUUGCAACAAAGCCACCUUCUUCAGUUCCCCAGAUUCCAGCGAAGCAGAAGAUGAAGCUCCCAGGCCGCCAACCACGCGCGCGACAGAGCCCACUCGUCGAUUUGACAAUCUCCCCGUAGCAACCGGACCCGCACCCUCAAUGUUCGAGCAUCCCGCAUUCCGCUCGCGGACAACAUCGGAGGAAGAGGUUUCUCAGAAUGGCCCUUCUUCGUACAGCCCUGCUCUUACCCAAGAGGCGUCUCCACGCCCCGACGAGACAGUGAAAGUGGACGGUACCGAGGUUGACUCACCAACACUGGGUCCUGAGAGCAGCGGACUGAGUGGAAUGAUUAGGCAGCAUCUUCGCAACGUCAGCAAUGUUUCUUCCAACUAUGGUGAGCCAGGUCCUCCAAUGAUGAGCCCACCUAUGGGGCUCGCCAUUCAUACACAAGGGUCUGGCUUCCAGCGCCGCCAACCGGGGUCGGAAUCGGCUACCCCAGCUCCCUCAACAUACAGCCACUCUAACCCAUGGGAUUUGGACGACAUUGACAACCCCUACCGCGAUGAACUCGUCAAGAUGAACUCUGACGAGCAGGCCAACGUACAAAACGCCACACCACUGAUCAUGAGCGCAACCGAACCAAACCCUGCAGCUCCCUGGGAUCUUACUCCGCGAAGAGCCCAUGAGCGUGUUGCGAGCAACGAGACAGAGGCCGACCACGAGGCCUUCCAACGAGACCUCGCUCACAGGCAACGCUUGAUCCAGGAGAAUCUCCGUGCCAAGGCUGAAGGCCGUUCAACAAGUCCAGCACCAGCACCCGCGGGCCCAUCCAACGGACUGAAGACAGCUUUGAACAUGCUCCGUGCAAAGUCGAGCCGUGAAUCUUUUGCUACAGUUGAUGUUUCUAACAAAUCAGUAAGGAAGCUUGCUCUUGGAGGAAGUUCAGCGAAUGUCAGCAGCACCUCGCUCGUAGGCCUUCAGGGUGAUAUGCCAGCCCUGCGACCAAAGCAGUCCCGAGUAUUGCAGCAAAGUGAACAAGACGCACAGCGGGAGCACGAGAAUCGCCAACGAUCGGCAACCGAGAGCAGCCGCACUGGUCGUCCAUCGGGUAGAUCUCCACAGGCAUCGACCAGAAGCUCCACGCGAGAGCGCUCGAGCUCUGGAACAUCGUCAGGCCGUUCCCGGAGUCGCCAUGAUCAAUACCGCGAUGACCUGGACCAGGCUAUGGCAGAUGGCACCCGCGGCGCGUAUCCUGCAAACACAAUGCCGUCAAUGCCUGGAUACUCUGCUCACCCCACGCCUCCACUUCCUUCUGAGAGACCAUCGCUGGAUUCCCAAGGUCGCAUGCGAUCGCGCAGCAACAGCAAGACUGCCGCGGCGAACUACUUCGAGUCGAAGCAUCUGCACCCUAUUCAGACUAACGCUGGAUCGGGUCAGAACACUCGUCUGCCUCCUGGGGGGAAAUUCUCCCCGGGAAUCCCUAUUUCGCCCCGGCCUUCACCAGGUGGCUUCAGCAGUGCCAACGGCAAUGGCUUCUCGCACCCAACAUCUCCAGUGCCUCCAUUCUCUGCCAAUCACACCCCUCCUGUCUCAAACCCCACUACACCCAACGCUGCCGCGUUCAACCCAAGUACCGUGCAGCCGUUGACCAAAACUGGAGUGCUACGGAAGAAGUCCAUCGCGAAGUCGGAGAUCUCGGAGCCGGUGUUCCUUUCCACAACUUCUUCGAUUGACACCAUCAAUCUUCCAGCUGGUGCUUCUCUGAAGAAUGGCAUGGAAAAUAACGCUCCCCCUGUUCCGCCAAUCAACCCUAUGAGGCGACGUUUCGGAUUUGGCCGCGGUGAAAGCCAAAGCCAAAGCCCAACGGGUCCAUCACCUUAUGACCCUGCUGUCCAGCAUGGAAUGGAUGGACCUCGAGCCCCUUACGCUGAGCCACUCCGCACCAACUCGUCCGACGCAGUGAUGAACCAAUCGCAGCAACCAAAGAGCAGACUGCGAAAGGCGUCCAGUGAAGGCAGGAGCCUGCGCGGUGACGCACAAAGCCAAAUGGGACCCUCGCCAGCAAUGCCUCAAAACGGCUUCACCGGACGCAAUGGGUCACCUCCACGUCCUACCAACGGUCAACAGCCCAUGGAGGGUGGCAUGUUCUAA